GGCUAUUACUUGGGGGCCAAACCUUUUGUCGUUGUCACAGAUCCCGAGCUUUUGAAGCUGAUCCAAGUGAAGGACUUCCAGCAUUUCACUCAACGCCCAUAUGUCAUACCCGGAGGAAUCUAUCAUAACUGGAAAUACCAUGAAAUGGUGACUCGUGUGGACUCAUUGAGAUGGAAGAAGAUGCGAACCCUACUGAGCCCGUGGUUCAGUUCAAUGCAUCUGAAGACAAACACUCCCAUCAUUAACAUGUGCGUCGAAGAUAUGAUCGAAAGAAUGGAUAAAUUGGCCCAAAAUGAUGAAGAAUUCAAUAUCUAUGAGAGAUUGGAGGCGACGACCAUCGAUAUCAUAGACAGAACCGGAUUCAGUAUAACGACUGACAUUCAGGACAAGUUAUCCGCAAACAAUCCCUUCUUUCAGGCGACUCGAGGAGUAUUCAACAUCCGUCCCAAUCGCCAAUUUCUGGCCUCACUUUUGCUUUGUUUCCCCGAACUGUCGCCUAUUAUUAAUCUGAUCCGCGAUGUCAGCGAAACUCUUUGGGAUUAUUUCGGUUACACAAGUCAUGGCCUACUGUGGAGAGCGGGUGAGGCUAUCGUCAAGAAUAGACUCGAUAUAAUGAACGGCAAGAGUAAAGGUGUGGACAAAAACAACAAUAAACUCAAGGCUUACGAAACUAAGCGCAAAGAUUUGCUCGAAUUGAUGAUUGAAGUGAGAAAUAAUAGCAACAAAAACACGGAGAAGACGCUGAACGACGUGGAGAUCAUCGCCAACACUGUGGUCUUGCAUGAGGCCGCCUACGAGAGUCCGGCAAAUCUGUUGGGCUUUGCUAUUCAUAAUUUGGUUAAUUAUCCGGAUAUUCAACAGAAAUGUUGCGAAGAGAUCAACAGUCUGUAUGAAAAAGACAACAAAUUUGACUUCAAUGUCAUGUCAGAUAUGCCGGUAUUGGACGCUGUCAUCAGUGAAACCUUCCGUCUGUAUCCGACAGACACUAUAUUCACGAGUCGUAUGUCGAAGACUGACUACAAAUACAAAGACAUAGUUAUACCCAAAGGUGUCGACAUACGAGUGCCGACGGUUCAGCUGCACAGAGACCCUGAGUAUUGGUCGGAACCAAAUCGUUUCGAUCCAAACAGAUUUAUGGACAAAAAGACAGUCAUUGAUCCGGUUAUGUAUCAGCCGUUUGGUGUGGGCCCACGAAUCUGUCCGGGAAAGCGAUUUGGAUUACUAGAGAUUAAGCUGAUUUUGGCUCACAUUCUGCAUAAUUAUAACAUAAUCGCCGGUCAGAAGACAGAGUCGGGUGAACUCGAGCUCGACUUCAAACUGAUUACAUGUUCGCCCAAAAACGGAGUUUUAGUAUUAUGUGAUCACACGGAUGACCAAUGGAAUUGGGUUAACAAACUGCCACAAUCGCCACCUGGCAAUUGGCCACAACUGGCCGGUCACAUAUCAUCCAGACCAAUCAGUGCUCCCAACCCUAUACCCGGGCCUUUGGGACUAUUCUUUGUAGAUAGCUAUCCACUACCCGACGUAACGGUUAUAACAGAAGUGAAUCUAACAUAUUUCGAUCACUUAAAGUGUACUAAGGAAUCAGUGAUAAAGGAACUCCUAUUUAACACAUCGUUGCUAUUACCCCUGCAAUGCAAUGGUAAACAGGCUAUCAUUGAAUCUAUCUAUGACUUGCAAUUCAGGGAACACGCGGCACCUGGACCUCAACAUGAGCUCAAUGUCCCACAAUUCUAUGCAUACACGACAGCAUUGAAUGGAAAUAUACUGAAAGUCGGUUCGGGAAUCAUAACAGAGCCGCCAAAGUGUGCGGGCGGUUACCUCUGGAGACUUGUGGUGCUUGUGGCCAACAAUCAGUACGGAUGUGUCAGUCGCACUGGUGAGGCCAAAUCGGAGACCUGGUUCCCUGAGCCCCCACCAUCAGGUGUUACCAUACCACCGCCCGGCCCUACAGUAGCCCAGUGCAACAAUGCCAUAUACCGGCGCUGCAAUCAGCCCAGGACGGCCAGUGCCGCUGACUUGGCCACUGUCCUCUCAUACCUGAACACCACAUUCACGACCCUCGCGGACGUCAAACCCGACUCAACGGUGGCCCUGUGCUCAGCCAUCACUGUCCGACAAGACUGGAGAUGCCUUUCGCCCGCUCAGCGCACGGCUGUGAUCGCCGUUUGGCAACAGUUGUACACCAAUGGAGUGGUGGCCAAUUUGACCGACAUAUAUGUCCGCUAUUGGCAGGCGUGGCACGCGUCCGGUGAGAUCAUACCGGCCCACAGAUGGUUAGCCUACGAGUUGGAGAGCUAUAUGCAACAGAUCGACCCCACGGUUUCGCUACCUUACUGGUGUCCGUGGAUAGUGGGCGCACACCCCGAAAGGUCUAUCAUUUGGGACACCUUUGGCCACAAUGGAAGCUAUUCGGGCGGCAUAUUAUUCUACAUGAAGAGUCUGUGCGAGACUGAGGUGAGGGGUCAGAGGUGGCAAUUGGCCCGACAGGAGAAUCUGACGCCUUUGAGUUAUAACAUCAUAAACAAUCGCUUCAAUCCCGACUCCGGGGAGAUAGAGACGGCCAGUAUAGCCACCGACAACUUGACCGGCGCUCCCGACGUCUCGAUCCGGUCCCUGUGGUGGUUAGGCUUCGGUACCCUUUGCUCUGUUCCCGACAAUCUAAUCAAACCCAUUGUACGCGUGACGAAAGGACAGGCAGAUCCCUUGCCCCGAGCCAUAUCUCGUAUGCAGGCCUGGAUUAUUGCCAAAUACUACUCCGGGUAUUUGAACGGAAACACGAGUGCUUUCCUCAACACCUUCGACGAAGUGGGCGAUUGUAACCAACAGUGCCUUCCGUUACCAAAACCCACUUUCCUUCCCGAGACAGCGGCCGGCAGAGCCAUACUGGCCAUGAAUGAUGUGAACAGAGGGGCCAUCCUGUCCAUCGCUGAACAGCGUUAUUAUGAUCUUUGGUUUGAUUUAAGUAAAUCUGGUUAUUGCUCGCCAUAUGUCACUCCGUAA